AUGGCGGAACGCGACAUUGUGGUGACGAAAGAUCAGUUCAACCACUGGCUCACGACUGAGAAGGAAUUCAUCGGCAGGCUGGAUGACUCUGAGAUCGAUUUGUCCUGCAAGUUUGACCUUUUCGAUGUCCUCGACGCUGACCUCAGCGGAGAGCUCGAGUUUGAGGAAAUGGUCGAUGGACUACUGAAAUGUCGUGGGCCAGCGUCGAAGACCGACAUCAUUGCCAUCAGGCUUAAAACAGCCUUGCUCGUGAAAAUGAUGACGAGAUUAUGUGAAAAGCUGGGAAUCGACGAUCUGUAA